CUGUCACAAUCAUCAUGGCAUGUGAACAUAAACCGUGCUCAGUUAAGAGCUGCCAGAUGUUGCCAGAUGUGGUGACAACAGAAACACAGUCUUUAUUGCUUGUGAAGAAACUUCUAGCCAUUGCUGUCUCAAGCAUCACUUACCUGAGGGGUCUUUUUCCAGAAAAGGCCUAUGGAACUAAAUAUGUUGGAGGUAAAUGUAAUACAUCAUAUGGACAAAAAGCGACAAAAAUCCUCACCCACCAAUGGCAAGAGUGUGUGUGUUUUACAGAGCUUAAAGUGCUGAUUUUGCGUGAACAAAGCUGCCCUGGUGCUCAACAGAUUGUGCAUUGGUUGCAGGGAUGUUUCGAUGCACUUCAACAAAGAUAUCUGCGCAUGGUUAUUUUAUCAAUUUACUGUGACCCAGAAAAUCCACAGAAAGUAACUGAAUGUUACCAGUUUAAAAUCAGAUACACAGAGAAGGGACCGCAGAUUGACUUUGAGAGCAAAAAUGGUCAAAGUUUGACUACAAUGCCCGGUGACGACACACAGAAAUCUUGUAUGCUGCUGGUGCGCAAACUUUACAUGCUCAUGCAAAAUCUCGGCCCGCUCCCUGACAAUGUCUGCCUCAGUAUGAAACUCUUGUACUAUGAUCAGGUGACCCCUCAGGAGUAUCAACCACCUGGCUUCAAAGAAGAUGACAGUGGGACAUUGGUAUUUGAAAGGGAAUCAAUCAAACUGACCAUGGGACAGGUGGAUACACCUUUUCACAGCCUCAGACUGAAUGUCACAACUGAGCGAAAGAGACUUGAGUCGGUGGAUGAUGAUGUGGAAGUCUGCGGGAGUACCAAAUGGCUUUUGAAGUUUGAGGAUGAGGCGAUGUCCCAGACCACCGUUGAGCAGGAGGACAUGACAAAGAAGAAUGUCAUCAGUGAUGCUGGCAUUGAAAACUCAGAAAGCUCACAACAGGCUCACACAAGUAACAAAGAGGUUCUCAUAACAAAUAGAAAGGAAAAACUGCAGAAUUCACCACAGAUGGACAAUCUGGUAAAAAAAACUGCUGAUCUUAUGAGGGAUGCCAGGAAAAGCCAGAGUAUACGCAACAUUGAACCUCAGAUCUCCAAGUUUGUGUUUCCAUUAAGCCAGGAUCCCCAGCCGUCAGCACCCAAGAGGCGCAAAUUCAGUGUUCCCAAAUAAUACCAGUAACACACUCAUAAUUACUCGUGAUAUUACGUACAUACAGUGACCUACAGACAUAUGCCUUGUUAUUGUAAGUUAAUUUGAUUCAUUCAGUUGUGAAUAUGCGUUGCAAAAGGUUCUCUCAGACAAAAGGUUAUGGUUUAAGUGCACAUAACAAAAUUAGUGCACAACUUUUUUUUGUUAUUGUUAAUUGUCCAGACAAACCUCAAUAAACAUUUCAUUUGUGCUUUAAAUGCCAGGAGAGUUUAAGUCAGCAUUGCUGGAUUUUUGUCACAGCAGCCACCAUGUAAAGCUUCUAUUCGUCCACUAGAUGGCAACAAACACAUUAACAAAAAUUGAUAAAUUCUGACCUGAUAACAUAGAGCUAGUUUGCUUAAAGAAAAAUGAUUAAAUCUUAAAAUAACUAA